CUUAGUGCACUGAUAAUAAAACCCAUAGGGCAAUAUAACGCUAGUAAAGGCGGUAUUCUCUGUUGCAUUGUAAUGGUUUUGGUUAGUAGGUAUGGGGUUUAGUGUUACUUGUGUUAGGUUGAAAGGGAGAAAUGUGCGAUAAUAAGGGAAUUUGAGAUCAGGGUGUCAGGAAUUUGGCACAUGUGUAAAAUUGUACAAAUUUACAGUUGUAAAACUUGAGUUCUGGAUCAGGGAAAUGAUAUUGGAGAGUUAUAGUUCUUAAUGAUAAUAUUAAUAUGGCUCCAGUGCUGUUCAUUAUAAUCAAAAAGAAUAAUAAAAGACAGUUAGGCGCUACAUUUAAUUUGGAAUAGAAAACUUUGGUUUUGUUUAACCAUAAGAAAUGCUGUAGUAUGUUUUGAUUAGUUGGCUUGAAUUUUCAGUUACAUGUACAAAGAUACACUGUGCACAGGCGCUAGAAACAAAGAUAUUACUUAUGUCUUGGAUAUUUACUUUGCAUUAAUAGAAAGCAACCAUGAUGGUGCUUUUUAUUAAUUUCUGUCAUGAACUGCAAUAAUUUAUUUUAGGGUUACUGAGUACUUUGGUGCAUAUUUUGGUAGAGUGAAACAAACCACUGAAUGGCUGUAUUUGUGGUUACAGUUGAUUUGUCAGUGGAAUACUUCAUGAUGGUGGCUACAAUUUAACUGGACCCACAGAAUCAAAUCCCUGCCUCAAAUCUCACUAGUCAUUACAUUAUGGCUGCUAGAAGAGGUUCCUCUUCCCCCUCCAUCUCUAUCAUUCUCUCUCUCGUUCUUUCUCCCCCCUUCCAUUGACCCUCCCCUUUUGCCAUGUAUGUCGUGGGACGUAUCGGGUGGCCGCCGGGUUUCUAUUUUCAGGCAACGUUCUGGAUGACUGAAAAGCUACAUGGAGCGAUCUGCAAGACACAACAUGCAGGAGGUGGUGGAACAGGGUAUGUUUGUGAAGCACUGCAAGGUGGAGGUCUACCUGACGGAGCUUAAGCUCUGUGAAGACAGCAACAUGGACGAUGUGAUCACCAGACGCUUCAGUAAAGCUGACACAAUAGAUAUGAUAGAGAAGGAGAUGAGGAAGCUGUUCAGCAUUCCUGAUGAGAAGGAGACCAGGCUGUGGAACAGGUACAUGAGCAACACAUUUGAGCCUCUCAACAAACCUGACAGUACCAUCCAAGACGCCGGCCUCUAUCAAGGACAGGUUCUUGUCAUAGAACAGAAGAAUGAGGAUGGCACAUGGCCCCGAGGCUCCACAGCACCAAAGUCAUCUGGUGCUUCCAAUCUCUCUGCUUUGCCAAAGAUCUCGCCUUCAUCUCUCACAAACAAUCAUAACAGCAGCUUCAACAGCAGGAAUGUGAAGAAUUCGAGCUAUAGUCUACCAUCCUACCACCCCUACAGCAACAGCUAUGACUACUCAGACCAGAGCAGGCAGAGUGAGCGCUCAGGCCUCUGUGGACUAUCCAACCUGGGCAACACCUGCUUCAUGAACUCUGCUGUGCAGUGUUUAAGCAAUAUUCCUCCACUGACGGAGUACUUCCUCAAAGACAAGUACACAGAUGAGCUGAAUGAAGACAACCCGCUGGGCAUGAAAGGAGAGAUUGCCAGAGCCUAUGCCGAGCUUAUCAAGCAGCUGUGGUCGGGAAAAUACAGCUAUGUCACCCCACGGCCUUUCAAGACCCAGGUCGGCCGCUUUGCCCCCCAGUUCUCGGGCUACCAGCAGCAGGACUCUCAUGAGCUGUUGGCCUUUCUCCUGGACGGCCUUCAUGAGGAUUUGAACCGCAUCAGGAAGAAGCCCUACAUCCAGCUAAAGGAUGCUAACGGCCGGCCUGAUAAGGUGGUGGCGGAGGAAGCAUGGGAGAACCACAUCAAGAGAAAUGACUCAAUCAUCGUGGACAUCUUCCACGGCCUUUUCAAGUCCACCCUGGUUUGUCCUGUGUGCUCCAAGGUCUCUGUGACUUUUGAUCCCUUUUGCUACUUGACCCUGCCUCUUCCCAUGAAAAAGGAGCGGACACUGGAGGUCUAUCUAGUCAGACUGGACCCUCUGGCCAAACCCACACAGUACAAGCUGACUGUGCCGAAAGUGGGCUCCAUCUCUGACCUGUGUACCUCCCUCUCCAACCUGUCUGGUGUUCCUGCUGAGAAGAUGAUUGUAACUGACAUAUACAACCACCGUUUCCACCGGAUCUUUGCCACUAACGAGAACCUCAGCAGCAUCAUGGAGAGAGAUGAUAUCUAUGUAUUUGAGGUGGUGGUGAACAGGGUUGAGGACACAGACCACGUAGUGAUCCCAGUGCACCUGAGGGAGAAGUACAAACAGUCGGGCUACAACCACACCAGCACGCCACUUUUCGGACAGCCCUUUCUUAUCGCUGUACCCAGAACCCUCAGUGAAGACAAACUCUACAACAUGCUGCUCCUGCGCCUCUGCCGGUUUGUGCGGUCUACAGUAGAGGAGGAUGAAGAGGAUUGUGAAGAGAGACAGCCAUCCAAACAACACACUGUCAAUGGUAACGCCACUAAUGGACUGCUGGAGGAGGGGUCGCCAAGUGAGAUGGAGACCGAUGAGCAGGACGACGAGUCCAGUCAGGACCAGGAGCUGCCCUCCGAGAAUGACAACAGCCAAUCAGAGGACUCUGUGGGCGGGGACAACGAACUGGAGAACGGAGUAGUCGGUCCACAGAACUCCACCAAAAGUCAGCAGACAGCUGAGCACAACAGGAAGAGACUUUUUACAUUCCAGUUCAAUAACAUGGGCAAAACGGACUUCUCGCUCAUCAAGGAGGACACCAGGCAGAUCCGCUUUGACGAGGGACACCUCCGACUCAGUGACCGCUCUUAUCUCUCCCUUGACUGGGAACCGGAGAUCAAGAAGAAGUACUUUGACGAGACCAUUGUUGAGGACUUUGACAAGCACGAGAGCAUGGAGUACAAGCCUCAAAAGAAGGCUUUCUUCAAGCUGAAGGACUGCAUUGAGCUGUUUACCACAAAGGAAAAACUGGGAGCAGAGGACCCAUGGUACUGUCCAAACUGUAAACAGCACCAGCAGGCCACUAAGAAGCUAGACCUGUGGUCUCUGCCACCGGUGUUGGUGGUCCAUCUUAAACGCUUCUCCUAUAGCCGCUACAUGAGGGAUAAACUGGACUCCCUUGUUGACUUCCCACUCAGAGAUCUGGACAUGUCUGAGUUCCUCAUCAACCCCAAUGCUGGGCCGUGUCGCUAUGACCUCAUUGCUGUGUCCAACCACUAUGGUGGAAUGGGAGGAGGCCACUAUACUGCUUAUGCUAAAAACAAAGACGACGGAAAGUGGUACAACUUUGAUGACAGCAGCGUGUCUCCUGCCAGCGAAGAUCAGAUAGUGGUGAGUGUCCUCAUUUGCGAAAGCCAGGCAGCAGUCCUGAUGUACAUUCAUCUGAGGCAGAUUUGCUGGAGGCGGAUUUGCUGGAGACAAACUAGAACAGUUAAUUUCAACCACGUAAUGUACUUAAUGUUGUGACUAAUUGGGAUGAAUUACCAGACAGUCUGAUUUCUCAAAGAUUUCUGACUUUGCUAAUACUCCCAAAAAGCAUUUAUAAGGUACUGAGGACUCUGUUUUCUCUGAAUUUUUUUGCUCUUACUAUUUUUUGGACAGUUCAAAUAUUUAAUAAUUGGCACAUAUGAACAACUCAGUGAUAAGCCCAAACUCAAUGUGAACACACAAUGUGAAAUCUUACUUGUUGACAGUGGGGAGUAUUGAGAGAGUUUGAAAAGGCUUUUAGACCUCAGAACCCAGAGGAAACGUUUAAUAUUUUAGAGGAGUGCUGGCAGCACUAAAACAAAGAAGGGACCUUCAUCUUCUCCAAAGGUCAUAAAUUUCACAGUUUUUUUUUUCCUGCUUGCAAAUAGUUAUGUUUAAAAAGAAUGUAAGUUGUAAACAUGGCUAAGCUUUUUACAUUGAUGUGUACAAUAGAUAACCUGCAAACCAUUUCCACAUUUCCUUGAAUGAACCAAAUAGCAGAAUAUUCCUGUUCAGCUACCUCAUUCCUGUUUGACUAAUAUUUUUUAUACAGGAGCAAUAACUGAAGAUUCCCCCAGAGACACAGGUCUUAAGUAAAUUCAGUCAUCUGGUUCCAGUGUUGUUCAGGCUAUUAUAUUUGGUACUUUGACUAGUGCUGAAGAUGCUGAACACUGGCUUUGGUUCUUAAAAAAAAUCAGAUGAUAACAAUAAUCUUUUGGCAUUAAAAUAUGUGUUUUUUUUCUUGUGUUUAAUAUUAAUUUAACUAUCAUUAAGAGGUGUCUGAUUUUCAGACAUGACCGAGGAUGCAUGUUACUCAGUCAGAUUGCAGUUCUUAAAACCAUACACUACAGCAGAAUUUACAGAAUAAGGCUGGAGAUAUUCUGUAUUUUUGUUGUUGUGAACAAACCCAGUGAAAAGACCAUAACUGACAAUGUGUUCGUCCACCUCUCAAUACUUUACAGCUUCUUCGGCCUGUGUGUGGCUCUCAGACCCAAGUCCAUUUUUUCUUAAUGAACAUGUAAAUCUUUAAAAACAGUUCAUAAUUUGCUAAAAUAGUUGGGCAAUAUUGUUUUUAAUGAACGUUGCAUUUGUUGGGGACUUUUAGCUGAGAAUUAAUACACAUCACAUUUGGCACUCUAAUAAGUUUGUAUUUUUCUGGCUGCAGGACAGUGUAUGUGUGACAGACCCAGUGCAAUGGUGUGGUUCACUGAUGUGUUUUUAAUAGUUUUUGGACAGAACAGAGUUCGUGGGGCAAAUAGAGGACUAAACUACUCUAUAUCAGGCCUAUGCUACACAGACAAUACUUGUUUUUGGGAUCAAUUCAUUAUUGGUUUUGGUCUUUUUGAUGGGAAUUGUUGACAAUACAAAAAAUACACAACCAAACUUAUCCUUAAACUUUUCCUGGACAGACAGAUUAGUCAACAUUCGUUCCAAUUA